AUGCAACCAGACAAAGAUCAAAUGAAGGCAAUGGUUGAAGAACUGGAAGUCUCCAACAAGCUUUCCAGCGAACAAUCUCCGGAGCUCCUAAGUACGAGGACAUCGUCCAUCUGGAAGGGCGCUGAUGCCCACCGUGGCGAACCACUCCUCGCUUCAAGCUCGGACGACAUGACACGUUUCACAGCUACCGGGCGUCCUUUUAAGCCAGAAAACCACUAUCAAUCCACCUGGGCAGGUCUAGCAGACGCGCCCCAAGCUGUUCCUGGCAAGACUUUGCCCUGGAAAUUCACGGAUGAAAGUUUGAUUUCUGUUCCCUGUCUUAGACCAAAGUCUCAAGAGGAAAGAUUUGCGCCAGGCGAAGCCAACAAGAAGAACAAUAAGCGGUGGUGGGAUAGGAGGUCCUCGAAGUCCAACGGCAGCAUGAACAAUCCAGACAAGUUUGUGAUGAGGAAAAUACAACGAGGUGAAUAUCUUAAGCAUUACGCCAAGGACGAACAGGGAGCCUAUAUUGGGACCGAAGAACCGGCAGAGGAUUGUAUCCUCGGAGGAGAUGACUUGGAAACCUACCGAAGCGGUAGAGAUAAGAUGUUUCGGAAUGAGAUUGUUGGGAAUGGGUUGAAGCGGCCAGCACUAGUAGAUGGGGAGCCGGACAAAAGUGAUGAUGACGUUGUCCUGUAA